GGCGGUCGGCCCUUGGGCGCAGCGCAGGGUCUCGCCGGGCGGCUGGAAAUCGCCAAAAUUCCUCUGGUGUUCGGGGCGAUCGGGUGUGCGCCGCUCCCCGCGGUGUAACGGGGCACGGAGGCUCGGGCGCUGGCGGCCUGGAGAGCAUGGAGUCCCUUACAGGGAGCCUGGAAAAACCUUCCGUAGGGCUGCUAACACUGAUGAGAGAUCUUUUAUGCCAAGAUCGUCGCUGUUUGAACAGACCACACCAUGCGUGAGUACAAGCUAGUGGUCCUUGGCUCAGGAGGUGUGGGGAAGUCCGCUUUGACUGUACAGUUCGUUCAGGGAAUUUUUGUUGAAAAAUAUGACCCAACAAUAGAAGAUUCGUACAGAAAGCAAGUGGAAGUAGACUGCCAACAGUGUAUGCUUGAAAUCCUCGACACAGCAGGGACAGAGCAAUUUACAGCGAUGAGGGAUCUCUAUAUGAAGAACGGUCAAGGGUUUGCACUAGUAUAUUCUAUAACAGCACAGUCCACGUUUAACGACUUACAGGACCUGCGGGAACAGAUUUUACGGGUUAAGGACACUGAAGAUGUUCCAAUGAUUCUGGUUGGCAAUAAAUGUGACCUGGAGGAAGAGCGUGUAGUCGGCAAAGAACAGGGUCAAAACUUAGCAAGACAGUGGUGUAACUGUGCCUUUCUAGAAUCGUCUGCAAAGUCUAAAAUCAACGUUAAUGAGAUCUUUUAUGACCUGGUCAGACAGAUAAAUAGAAAAACACCAGUGGAAAAGAAGAAGCCUAAAAAGAAAUCAUGUCUGCUGCUUUAGAUGCCCGUCGUGCAGCAGCUCUGAGCCAGAUUGCAGGAAUGAAGAACUGUUGCCUAAAUGGAAAGUGCCAGCAUUCCCGACUUCAAAACCUUAUGGAAAUUAAUAACAUAUCCGAAGAAGCUUCUCCUGUUUUUAUAUACUAUGAGAAGAAUUUAGAUCUUAAAAUGGUUUGCACACAGUCCCUGGAAAAAGAAAUUGCUCUGUGUAUAUCUCUUGGAAAUCUAAGACAAUAAUACUCCUCCUUUGCAAUAGCAGUUAACAGAUGUGAAAAUAAAUAUAAUUGACUCUAGUGUAUGAUUAUACAAAGGAGCAUGGAUGCAUUUCAAAUGUUAGAUAUUGCUACUAUAAUUAAAAUUUCAUAUUGACCCUUUUAUCAUAAUUUCUCCCCAUCAAGCACUAAAAAUGUUCCACCGUUAUAUUUUAUAUCUAUAACUAUAGAUAUAUAUUAUCUGAAAUUUCCCUUUGAACUCACUGCAACAAAUAACUUUUUUGAGUCAUUGACUUCAUUUUAUAUUUAAAAGUUAUGGAAUAUCAUUAUUUUCAUUCUGCCAUUAUAUUCUAAUUAAAAAAGUUUGUGCAUAAUGCUUUGGAAAAAUGGGUCUUUUAUAGGAAAAAACUGGGAUAACUGAUUUCUAUGGCUUUAAAAGCAGAAAUAUAUAAUAUACUAAAACAACUCUAAUAUUGCUUCUUGUGUUUUACUGUCACAGAUUAAAUUACAGCUUUUAUGAAUGAUUAAAUUUUAGUACAUUUUCA